CCCAUCUUUUCAUGGAAGCUUCAAUUUCAAAGUGUCUUUAGGAAUCCCGGCGACCAAAACGUUAUCAUCGAUCUUAUCCUCUUAGCUUCGAGGCUUUGACCUUUCUUAUUAAUUUCAGAUUCUGAACUGAACUCUGGCGUGCACGAAUCAUAAUAGUCGAUGAAAUGAGCGUUCCUCAUUUGUUCAGAUGCCCGAUAAGCUUGGAAAUCUUCACUGAUCCCGUUACCUUGAGCACUGGCCAGACCUACGACCGGCCGAGCAUCGAGAAAUGGCUCGCCGACGGCCACCGGACGUGCCCCGUCUCAAUGCAGAGGCUCGCCGAUACCACAUUAAUCCCCAACCAAACCCUCCGCCACCUUAUUGACCAGUGGCUCCUCGCCGAUUGCCGCGAGUCCGUGCAGUUUCCGCACGCCGCGGAUUUCGACUUCUCGGUCAUCGCGCUCAGACAGGAACUCCUUUCGCCGACCACUUCGCCGUCGGCGAAGCUGGACGCGGCCAGGAAAGUACACGUCCUGUCUGUGGAGUCUGACGUCGGACGGGCAUGCUUGAUACAGCUCGGGUUCUUUCCUCUGCUGCUUCAGCUGCUGUUCCGAGACUCGGGAGGAGGAACCGUCCUCGAUGCUGAGUUCGCCGGAGUGUUGCUCAACUCCGUUCUGAGCUUGUCGGUCUCCGGCGCUCCUUUGGAUUCCCUAAACAUGCUUAAAGAGGAAGCCGCGGCUUUGUCUACGCUGGUGCACCUAUUUGACCGAGGCAAUGCCGAGAUCAAGAUCGGUCUAUGCCAUCUCCUCGAAGUUAUGGCUUCUUCUUCUGCCACCCGCGAGCUCUGCUCGUUCGUCGGCCAGUCCCCGCAGGUCUUGCAGAUUUUAGUUUCCAUCCUCAUCGACAAGUCAAGCACAAGCACUUUGAAAGCCUCGGAGGCGGCCGUCCGCGCCACGGCGGUCCUGUGCUCAUCGUCGGAGGGCAACCGACGCCGCGCGAUCGGGCAAGGCGCGGUGGACGGCCUCGUCGCGCACCUGCUGUCGAAUUGCUGCGCUCGGCGCAACGCCGCGCCGGCAUUGGCCGCGCUGGAGCUCCUCCUGGAACUCGAGGCGGGGAAGAAGGCGCUGGUGGAGAAUCCGAGCGGCGUGAGGGCGCUAGUGAAGAUGGUCUUCAGGGUGUCAACAGGGCACGAGGGGAGCGAGCACGCGCUGAGGUCACUGCUGGCCGUGUGCGGCGAAUCGGAGGGGGCAAGGGAGGCAGCGGUGGGCGCCGGCGUGGUGACGCAGUUGCUGCUGCUGCUGCAAAGCCAGUGCGGCGCGGCAGUGAAAGCCAAAGCCAGGGCCCUGCUCAAGAUGCUGAGAGCUUCUUGGAAUGGCGAAACAAAGGAGGUUCUGUAACUGCAAUUCAUAAGAUGUAAAUUUUUAUUUUUAUUUUCAUUUUAACAAUGUGUUUUUGCAUCCAUUUCCUAGCUAAGAAAAAGGAAAUCAAUUACAAAAAUAUGAUCAAAUUGAAACACUUUACUUUUAUAUUUCCUGGUCUAAAAACUUGCACUGACAGAUUUAUCUGAAAAACUGAGAUGGUGCCAUGCAAAUUGGAGGCA